AUGCUGUUUGAUCUCAUUAAGAAGCAUGUGGGAUCUUUGAAUAACUCACAAGAGAGUGGAUGGCGGCCAUCCUACUUACGAAAACGAAUAUUGAUUCUAUUUCUGAUCGCCUUCUCCGCAAUCAUCGCCGCACUCGAGGCCCUAUACCAAUCUUCAGAAGCUCAUGAUGGCAUUGCUGCCUCAACCGAAAGUCGCCAUUAUCUUUGGACAUACGGACCGACCGCUAUACUCACUAUUAUUGCCACUUUCUGGUCACGAGUGGAGUUUCAAUCGAAGCAAAAUGCGCCAUGGCAGUCAAUGCUUGAAGCUCCUCAGCCCGCGGGAAAGAGCGUACUCUUAGACUAUAUUUCCGAUAUGCAACCUGUGGCAAUGUGGAAGGCUUUUAAGAAUAAACACUUGAUUGUCUUUUCUGGAGUGUCGUGCUCUCUGUUGCUACAAUUGAUGAUCGUGUUCUCAACUGGUCUCUUCUCCCUACAGGAGACUCAAGUCCACAAGAGCAAUGUUCCGAUUCAAUUGCACGAUAUCUUUACUACAGAAGAUUCAAAGCUCGAUACCGUCGGUUCUCAGCCAUGGGAUAUCAUAAAUGGUAUUCUCUUCGACAAUCUCACCUACCCAGAUGGUACCAAUGAGAACCUGACCUUCCAAGAGUUCUCAGCUCCAAGUCUUUCUUCUAGUGCGAUCGUCACUGCACCGAUAGAUGGACUUGCUGCUGACCUGGACUGCGACCUUGCAACUCUUGACAAGAAAGAGCUGUAUUAUUUAACCUCACACUUUUAUAAGGAUGGUUCCUUUGAGAAGAAUGCCGUGAUCCAAAGCUUUCAGCUGGCAACUUCAUCGUGUAAGAUUACCACCAACAAUCUUAUAACGAACGGUGCCACCCAGGCGGCGUUUUUCCAAGGAGGUCAAUGCGAAAAUAUCAACGGCGCAGAUGGCAAGCGUAUUGUCGUAUCUUUACUCAAGGUUUCAACUACCGACCACAAAUUCCGCACCACACCCCCAGCUGACUUGGGUAUACCGGCCAGCAACGAAACAUGGUGGGGGGUAGACAUUGCUUUGAAUCGCUCUCUCACCUUUAUUUGCAAACCGACGCUCUCUCUUAUAAAGCUACAAGCCGAAGCAAAUGGUACUGAACUGUCGUCUGAUGUUCGUCUGAAGCAAUUGGGAUAUGAAAAUACCACACUUCCCGGUGUGACGGCUGGGGACAUCUCUGAACUAAUCAGCAAGAACUCCAGUGAUACCUCGGGCUUCAGAUCUGUGGAAUAUUACAGCCCUUUCCCAACCGACACUUACGUGUACGACUGCUUCAAACUUGGGCUGUGUCUCAUAGGAGUGAACGUCACGAUUGAAAACAUGUGGCGAGACGGUGUGCUUCGAGAUGCGUCUUCUGCGUACUAUCGUGCGAUGACUGCUCAGCUUAUGCAUAUCGGCCUUGUGCAGAAGGAAACAUCGACGACAACGGGUUCCGCCAUAACAAAUGAGAACCGAGUGAUAAUGAUGCAACUGCCACUCCGAGGUAUCGAGGCGUGCCUUGUGGUGGUGAUGUUACUGGCAUGUCUGAUGAUCAUGUACACGGCACACCGGACGACAGCAACCUGGAACCCUGCUCAUAUCUCAGCAAUUGCCGCUAUCACGGCAGAAAGUGAUGAUUUUCGGGAUUCACUGCGUGGUUCUGGAGCAACUUCUGCCAAGGGGCUCCAGGGCAAUCUUGCGGGGCAACGAUUUUUUUCAGAGCCAACAUCUCGAAAGACCUCGAUUAAAGUUCUGGAAGAUGAAACGAACGCGACUGAUAGCGAUGAGUCUGUCAAGUCCAAGAAUACAGAAUGGAAGCCGUUCCCCGGGUUCUUCUCUCGAAUUGUCAUCUUUUUUCUGGUUGCAGCUAUGAUCGUUGCUUUGGAAGUCUUGUUACAUUUUUCGCAAGUUAAUGAUGGGCUGGGGGAUGCGUCUUCGACAAACGAGUACAUGCACUACUUAUGGACAAUUAUCCCUGCCUUGACCAUGUCCAGUACCAGCCUUUUAUUCGGUAGCAUGGACUUCAACACCAGAUGCCUUGCUCCAUAUGCCCGCCUCAGACAUAACACUGGGUCACUGUUUCAAAACUCGAUGGACAUAAGCUUUUUGGAUUCCCUCGGUCUCAACAAUACUUUCCGUUCGAUGCGUUCACGGCAUUUUGCGGUCCAAGCAACAACCAUUGCUACAGGUGCAGCAUUCUUUCUGACCAUCAUCGUCAGCGGUCUUUAUUCUACCAUCGAAGUACCUUUCCAUGUGGCGGUCAACUUCACCCGCAUUGGUGGGUUUCCGGACCCACGAACGAUCGCCGGGGCUCAACUGCUCAUGGACGAAACGGGGGAGGUUGCGGGGAUUCUCACGGCGGAGUACAUUCUCCAGUACAACUUCAGCUAUCCCCGCUGGACCUACGAUGAGCUUGCAUUUGCAGAAGUGUCAAUGAAUGAAUCUUCUCAGAAUGACAAGAUUAAUGGCUCCUAUGUGGAUAUCCGCGUUCCGGCCCUGAGAGCUGCCCCAGUCUGCCAUCUUCAAACGGCCCAAGAUUUGCUGCCGAAUCUCACUUCCUCUGGGAAUGAAACUUUUGCGCUCAGUGUCCAGUUGAAUGAGCUGGCUUGUCCCGGAAACAACACCAACGCUUUAUGGAACGAUACUAUUUUCAGUGGUCAGCGACUUGGAUCCCAACCAUUCGGAUACUCGAUUGAGACCGACUGCAAUUCCGAAAGCCGCGGCUUAACUGGAGCAUCUCAUUAUACGGUAUCAUAUGUAUGGGGAUAUGUAGAGGAUAAAGCGAUCAAACAUAUCAUGGGAAUGGCGUGUAUACAGUACGCCGAAACUGUUGAUGUGUUGACACGCUUCAAGCUGCCUGGAAUGGACAUUGACGAAGAGCACCCACCCGUACCCGAUGAAUCUUCAGCAAAGUUGGCACCAAAUCUGUACACUCCCAUUCCAGAAUGGUGGGUACUGAACAGUAAUGGUGUAUAUCCAACAUUCGAUGGCUUCUUCCAACUCCUUGUCUCUGGGAGAUACGCCAUUUCGGUUGAUAAUUUCCAGAGCGCAAAGGGAAACAAAACUGUUACAGACGCAAUCAAACACCAGCACAAACUCAUCAAUGCACAGCAGUUUGGCAACUAUACGCGUGGCACCGCCAACGACACCAUCAAACACAGCUCACUCCUUGGAAAUGUGACUACCACCGACCGCCUCAGAUUGGUUCAGGAUGCAACCUCAACGCGAAUCCUGGAUGGUCUAUUGGCGUCUAUGCUUAUUCUGGGCAUUAUUGGCACGUGGCUUUUGAACACAGAUCAUGUUCUUCCAAAAAGUCCAUGCAGUAUCGCGGCCGUUGCAAGUCUCCUAGCAGAUUCGAAACUGCUCGACCAAUUCGUGCAGGGGGUUUGGAGACCCGAGGACAAGUCUCUCAACCAAACUUUUGCCCAUCGUCGAUUCUACCUGGGUUGGUGGCAGGAUGAAAGUUCGGAGGCUGCGAAUAUAGCUGAGAUCUUCACUAUCGAUCAUACCGCGACGGAUAAGGAGAGCUCAGCUCUGAGGAGUCUCGAGGCUUAA